AUGACGGUGCUAAGAGAAGCACUAAGUCUAUCCAUCCUCUACUUCCUGCUCGUCUUCAUGACGGGCUUCCUAUUCGGCUCGAUCAGAGUGCCCUUCCUCGAACCCGCCAUGGGUGCUCGGCUUGUCGAGAUCCUCGAGGCCCCGAUCAUGCUGCUUGUCAUCUGGCAGGCUGCGCAACUGACUGUGUGGCAGCUGGAAGUGGCUGCAUCAACCUUUUUCACUCCACUGCUCAUCGGCGCCUUUUCUCUCUUGUGGUUGGGCGCCGUUGAGUCGUCCGACUGGGCAAUUUUCGAGAGUGGAUGGUGGAACGGGUUCCGGGUCCAUAUCGUCCACAAGGAUCCCUUACUGGGGCUCAUGUACGUCGCGGUCGCGCUGACGUACUUGGCCAUGCCGUGGUAUGUGUGGGCGCGCCAGAAGUCGGAAAUCGAUGAGGCGCUGUUGGAGAUCAGUGCCGAGUCUAAAGGGUAUGGAGAUGGUGAUGAAUAUUGUAGUAGGUGA